AUGAAGUCCACCAUCGCAUUCGCUUCUGCCUUCCUGGCAAGCCUUGUCGCUGCUGCUCCUGCCCCAACUCCAACUCCAACUCCAACUCCGGCUCCGGCUCCGGCUCCAGCUCAGGCCGCAGGACAAACAGUAUCCGUGUCCUGGGAUGCCGCGUACGAUGUUGGUACCUCCUCUCUGGCCACCGUCACUUGUUCCGAUGGACCUUAUGGUCUCCUCCCUCGAGGCUUCACCGAUUUCGCAUCACUGCCAAUCUUCCCUAAUAUUGGCGGUGCGCCAACCAUUGCGGACGGAAACAGCCCCAACUGCGGCAAAUGCUAUGAGCUGCACUAUUCGUUCGGCAACACCGACAAGACUAUCAAUGUCAUUGGUAUCGAUUCCGCUCCAAGUGGCUUCAACAUUGGACUGCAAGCCAUGAAUGCCUUGACCAAUGGCCAGGCAGAACGCCUCGGUCGGAUUGAUGCCACUUAUGUGCAAGUCGAUGACAGCGUGUGCGGAAUGUAA